AUGAUCACUGAUGUGACUGAUGAAUUGGAUCAAAGUGACAGCGGAAUGGAAUCUCUUAUUGCUAGUAAAGACGAUACACCUGAACGUAGACCAGAAGAAUCCUUCAUAACCCCUUCGCUAGGAUCUUCUACUACUGCAGGUCCACUCAAGGAAUAUGACGAUGAACCUGAUGAAACUCUUUCUGAAAGAUUAUGGGGACUGACGGAGAUGUUUCCCGAGUGUGUUCGAAACGGUACUUACACAGUCACCACAAAAUCAUGGUCAGGUAUGAAAUCUUUAUAUGGCUUGUCUCGUUCUGUUAUGUGGAUAGUGGCUAGCUCCUCAGUCAUUCUCUUUGCCCCUGUUAUAUUUGAAGUUGAGCGAGCACAAGUAGAAGAGAUGCAGAAAUCACAACAAAAGCAGGUACUAUUGGGCACCAAUGCUGCUCUUUCAGGACCAAUGCCAAGUAUGCCACCAAUGCCACGAUAA